GAGCUUCCGCCGACCCGCCGCUGAAUCUCUUCCCGGACCAAGUGACCUGUGACCCGGAUGCUUUCAGCCGGACACGCCGUGGGAUCCUCCGACAUGCGGCUGGUUCCUGCUCGGUGAUCUGAGGGAGACACACCCGAACGGUCCGGUUCGACUAAGAUGAGAGGAUUCUGACCUGACCCAUCCCUGAGGAGCGCUAUCGGACCCAUGGCCUGCCAGUCUGCCGUCAUGGACGAGCAGGCGCUGCUGGGCCUCAACCCCAACGCCGACGCCCGCUACCGGCAGCGGGCCAUGGCUUACUUUGAGCAGCUGAAGGAGUCUCAGGAUGCCUGGGAGGUUUGUGCAGAAGCUCUGGCCAAAGGGAUCUACAGUGACGACCAUGUCAAGUUCUUCUGCUUCCAAGUUCUGGAGCAUCAGAUCAAGUUCAGACAUGCAGGUCUGAGUGCAGCCCAGCAACAGCUCAUCAGAGAGACCCUGAUGAAGUGGCUCCAGGUUCAGCUGAUGAAUGCUCAGCCGGAGAAGCCCUUCAUCAGGAACAAAGCUGCUCAGGUGUUGGCCCUCACCUUCGUCAUGGAGUACCUCACUCUGUGGCCUAAGUUCUUCUUCGACAUCCUGUCUCUGGUCGGCCUGAACCCCCACGGAGUGGACGUCUACCUGAGGACCCUGAUGGCCAUCGACGCCGAGGUGGUGGACCGGGACAUCCUGCACUCACCUGAGGAGACCCGUAGGAACACUCUGAUCAAAGAUUCCAUGAGGGAGCAGUGCAUCCCCAGCCUGGUGGAGUCCUGGUUCCAGAUCCUGCAGACCUACCAGCUCACCCACCCAGAGCUCACCUGCCAGUGUCUGGAGGUGGUGGGAGCCUAUGUGUCCUGGAUCGACCUCAACCUGAUCGCCAACGACCGCUUUGUGAAUGUGCUACUGAGCCAGAUGUCGGUGGAGGAGCUGCGUGAGGAGGCGUGUGACUGCCUGUUUGAGAUCGUGAAUAAGGGGAUGGACCCAGUGGAUAAGACCAAGCUGGUGGAGUCUCUCUGCCAGGUGCUGCAGUCUGCCGGCUUCUUCAACGUGGACCAGGAGGAGGACGUGGACUUCCUGGCCAAGUUCUCGCGGCUGGUGAACGGGAUGGGCCAGAGUCUGGUCCUCAGCUGGACCAAGCUGGUCAAAGCUGGAAACGUGAAGGAGGUGGCGGAGACGCUGCAGGCGGUGGAGGCCAAGGUUCCUCUGAUGCUGCAGCUGCUGGUCCACGAGGACGACGACAUCUCAGCCAACAUCGUGGGCUUCUGCUACGAAUACCUGCAUGUCCUCAAACAGCUUCCUCAGCUGACAGACCAGCAGAAGGCCAACAUCGAGGCUGUGAUGCUCGCUGUCAUGAAGAAGCUGACCUACAACGACGAGUACAACUUUGAGAACGAGGGGGAGGACGAGGCGAUGUUCGUGGAGUACAGGAAGCAGCUGAAGAUGCUGCUGGACCGACUGGCUCAGGUUUCACCAGAGCUGCUGCUGGAAGCUGUCCGCCGGGUCUUCAACAACACCAUGCAGGUGUGGCAGACGGCGGCCUUCAUGGAGGUGGAGGUGGCCAUCCGGCUGCUCUACAUGUUGGGUGAAGCUCUGCCGGCGUCUCACGGUGCUCAUUUCAGCGGCGAUACGGCGAAGACGAGCGCCCUGCAGGACAUGAUGCAGACGCUGGUCUCCUGCGGCGUCAGCAGCUACCAACACACCUCCGUCUCUCUGGAGUUCUUUGAAACCGUCGUCCGGUACGAUAAGUUCUUCAUCGUGGAGCCGCAGCACAUUCCCAACGUCCUGAUGGCAUUUCUGGACCAGAGAGGUCUGAGACACAACAGCCCAAAGGUCCGCAGCAGAGUGGCCUACCUGUUCUCCAGGUUCAUCAAGACCCUGCAUAAACACAUGAACGCCUUUGUUGAAGACAUCCUGACCAGGAUCCAGGACCUGCUGGAACUCGCUCCUCCGGAGAACGGUUUCCCGGCGCUGCUGACCAGUGACGACCAGCUGUUCAUGUUUGAGUCAGCGGGGGUUCUGAUCGUGAACGGGGAGAGUCCGGUGGAGAGGAAGCAGGCCCUGAUGAGGAGUCUUCUGGCUCCGCUGAUGGAUGCCUUCCGCCUGCUGCUCAACAAGCUGCCGCUGGAGACAGACGAGGAGCGCCAGGUCGCCAUCGCCGACUGUCUGAGCCACGCCGUCGGCUUCGCCAGUCGGACCAGUAAGGCGUUCAGCAACAAGCAGACGGUGAAGCAGUGCGGCUGUACCGAGGUAUACAGAGACUGUCUGCAGACCUUCCUGCCUGCACUGAGCUGCCCCGUCCAGCGGGGGGUGCUGAGGAGCUCGGUUCGCUCCUUCCUGCACCGGAUGAUCAUCUGUCUGGAGGAGGAGGUCCUGCCCUUCGUCCCUGCAGCCUCCGAGCACAUGCUGAAGGACUGUGAGGCCAAAGACCUGCAGGAGUUCAUCCCCCUCAUCAGCCAGAUCACGGCCAAGUUCAAGCGGCAGGUGUCUCCCUUCCUGCAGCAGGUCUUCAUGCCGCUGGUCCUCGCCAUCUUCGAGGUGUUGGCUCGCCCGGCCGAGGACAAUGACCAGGCGGCGGCGCUGGAAAAGCAGAUGUUGAGGAGGAGCUACUUUAGCUUCAUCCAGGCCAUAACAGGCAGCGGCAUGAAUGAGGUGAUGGCCAACCAGGGAGCUGAGAACAUCGAGCGGGUGGUCUUCACCAUCAUCCAGGGAGCCGUGGACUUCCCCGACCCGGUCGCCCAGAAGACCUGCUUCAUCAUCCUGUCCAAGCUGGUGGAGCUGUGGGGAGGGAAGGACGGGAUGGUGGGCUUCCCAGACUUCAUCUACAAACACAUCGUUCCCGCCUGCUUCCUGGCUCCUCUCAAACCCACCUUCGACCUGUCGGACGCUCAGACGGUUCUGACGCUGUCAGAAUGCGCCGUCACUCUGAAGAUGAUUCAUCUCAAACGGGGGCCGGAGUUCAUCCAGUUCCUGCAGCAGGAAUACCUGCCGUCCCUGCAGGUGACGCCGGAGAUCUCACAGGAACUCUGUCAGGUUCUACAGCAGCCCGACGUCAAGGUCCUCAAGAACUACAUCAAGGCGUUCUUCCAGCGGGCCAAGCUGUAGGAUCAAACUGGAAGUUCACUGGAAGACUGACAGGAAGUGGUCGCUUCACCACUGUCAGAAUAAAACAGGAACUUAGCGUAGGAGCUGCUUUGCACUUGAAGAGUAAAUGCAUCCCGAAGCCCAGACCGUCUACGAGAGCUGGACGUAGCU